AACGUACUAACCAAAAUGUCAACCGAGUAUUCCAAAGAGCCAAAAGUAUCGAAAACCUUAACGCAAACCCUGAGUAGAAUAAAGGGUGGCCUCAAGAAAGAAGACGGAAAUGUUUCAACCUUUAGUCGAGUCAGUCAUGAUUUGUCGAAAAUAAACUAUCUGAAGACAUCUUCCCUGUUCGAAUCCGACGUUCUUAGCCAGAGUCAGAACAUCUCGUCUUGUAUUAGCGAAGACGCUAGUCACGCUUUGUACGAUAGAUUGGCGGAUAAAUUUUAUGGGGUUCCCAAUUUCAAUAGGGACCUUCAUUGGACUAACGUUCAUUUGGCUGGGAGUUGGGGUAGUCAUGCCUAUGAGUAUUCUGCAUGGGAUGAUGGUGAAAGACCUACGGUGAAGCUGGUCUCUUACAAUAACCUCGAAUUGACAGAGGAUGAAGAGGACGGUAUACUGAGUGAUCGGGUAAUAGCGGCUUGUUCCAGUUACCUGGACAGAGCCCCAGAAACGGAAGAAUAUGUAUUGUGUAAAUGCAUUUUGGCCAACAAGGGUAUUUAUGUAAUAUCUGCUCUGAAGAAAUACCACUACAUUCAGUAUUUGGACCUAUCGAAGAAUCGCCUAACGACAUUAGAAGCUUUGGGUGAGAUGCCCUUCCUGAUGUACCUGGACGCAUCUUCCAAUAUGUUGACGGAAGUGUUGGAUUUCAAGGCUCCUUUCAACCUGAUGUACGCCAAUCUCUCAUCGAAUGAAAUAAGAACUAUAAGAGACUUAUCAGACUUCUGGUCUCUCAUCGUGCUGGAUUUGUCCCAUAACGAAAUCGAGGUCAUUUCUGGUCUCUGUAAGUUGAAGCAUCUGAGAGGAUUGAACUUAUCUUACAAUUGGAUAAGUACCCUUGAAGGAUUGAGCCAUUUGGACAGGGUACAAUGUUUGUCUUUGUACAAUAACAUCAUAAGUAAAUUCGAAAUUGGCCCAGACGUUGGUUUCAAGACGAUGAGCAGACUCAAAAAAAUGAGUCUAGCCAGGAAUAUAAUCAAUUCAUUGCAAAUUGUUGAGGGAGCCAGAUAUCUACAAAUGCUAGAUAUUUCUGAUAAUAGAAUAGAGGACGUGGUUGAACUUGUCUAUCUGAAGGAUUUAAAUCGACUUUACGAAUUGGAUAUGAGAGAAAAUCCCAUCAGGUACCACAACAGAUACUUCGACACAACUGUCAAUUAUUGCAAGAGCCUCUUCAUCCUCGACGAUGAGGAGAUAAACGCUGAGGUGAAAGUGUUGAGCAGGAAGAAAUUCGAGAUGUCCAUAUACGAGUUCGUCAAGCCUGGCACGCAGCACAUACUCUUGAAUAGUUUCAACUUUCCCAACAUAUCGAAGUCGGUUAUACCCUAUUCUGACCCCCCAAGGCCGAUGAUCGUCCUUGUGGGACCGCCAUCUUGUCUUAAGGGACUACUAGUCGAUCUUUGUUGCGAGAUAUUUCCGCAGUACGUAUCUAGAGGUGUCAACCAUACAACAAGGCCAAGAUCAGAAGGGGAGAUUGAUGGUGAACAAUAUCAUUUUGUUACCUACGAAACUUUUAAGGAUAUGAUGAGGAGAGGUUUAUUUUAUACAACAUCGGAAUACUUUGGUCAUCUUUAUGGGUUUGCUCAAUCUGAAAUGAGUAAGGUAACAUCGAAAAAGUCUGUUUUGAUUUUGCAUACUGAUUUGAAUGGUGCCUUACUGCUGAGGGCUAGAGGGCUCAGGCCAACUCUGGUUUUAACAAUACCAAAAUCCGAAGAAAUGCACAGGAAAUAUUUACUACGAAAGUAUUACUGCCACUCGCUUCAAACGGGUAUUCUGGAAGUGGGCGUAUCUCGCACAAAAGCUUAUGAAGGUCUUAUCCGAAUGAAGAAAUAUACCCAUCGUCACGUAGUUAGGGGUGUUAAAAAAAUGUUGGGUGAUCUAUUCAGGGACGUGAAGAGUGAGAGUUUCGAUGGAAAAAUCGACAAUCCAGAUAUUACGAUAACUGGCGGUAUGACAUUACGAAAGCUGAUAGAUGGUACUUGUGAGGAUUUAUCGGAUAUUCUAUCACCAACGAAUGAGGAAGCCGAUUCUACAAGGAGAGAGGCUGAGUAUUGGUUCAUGAUGAUGGGGCAUGAAACCGACGAAAAGAUUUUCUGCUUCAAAGAUUUGAGCGAUAAACAGAAGGAAGCCAUGAAGAACCUUGGAAUUAACCAGAUCGUGCAAGAUUAUUUACUUCACAACGGAAAAUUCGCAGAUGAAGAUGAAUAUAUGAACGACGUUGCUAGUGGAGAUUUCUUGAAAGGUGACUCGUCUGUUGUUCUGAAAGAAAUUUCUAAUCUACAUAAGUUGUUCAACGAUGUAAUGGCAAGUAGAAAAGCGUACUUGGAAAUGCACUGGGCUAACCCUGGCCUAUUUGCACAAGUGUUAUUCACAGAUGACAUGGACCGCGCCUUGGACAUUCUAACUGAAGUAUUGAAAGUCUGCAUUCAAUCUUAUCACCUGCGAUCUCCAAUAUGUCAAAUGAAACACCACCCCAGAAAUCACCCUUUGGUUCGAAAGAGAUUGGAUCAUUUGAGGAAUAUGAUGAGCUCUAAAGGAAUCGUGGAUAAUGAGAGGAAAAACUGUGCUAGAAGAACACUCAGAUUCAAAAAUGUAGAUGAGAAGUCCUACAAUAGCACACCUUGAGUAACGAGAUCACCAUUUCAUUCGAUUUGUAAUAAUUCGCAUGUGUUUUUUAUUAUGAGAUCCCUGUAUCAAUUUAUUCUGUUUGUAUGCCCCAAAUAUAUGAUAUAUCUU